AUGGCAGUGGGAGAGAUUUUUCUUGGGGCGUUCCUUCAGUUGCUGCUCGACAGGUUAACACCUCGCGAGAUCCUCAACUACUUUGGUCUCCUAAAGGGCGUGGACAAAAAGCUGAAGAAAUGGAGUGACAAUUUGUCUGCAAUCGUAGCGGUGCUGAAUGAUGCGGAGGAGAAGCAACUGACGGAUCCUGGUGUGAAAUUGUGGCUGGAUGACCUCAGAGACUUGGCUUAUGAUGUAGAAGACGUGCUGGACAAAUUUGCUACUAAAAUAUUGAAGCGCCAGAUAGAGGGACGUGAUCAAGUAAAAAGGUGCUGGACAAGUAAAAAGGUGCGGAGUUCAUUCUCUAAACUGACACGCAAUAUCGAUAUGAACUCUGAAAUAAAGAAGAUUACAGAGCGGUUGCAAGAGAUCUCUGAACGGAAAGAUAAGUUUGGUUUAAAGGACACUGGGACGUCUAGUCAAGCAUGGUCAAGGCCACCAACUUCGGGCGUGUUGGGUGGACUAACCGUUGUUGGAAGAGAUGGAGAUAAAGCAAAAAUAUUAGAAAUGUUGUCAAGCGAUGAGCAUAGUAAUGUCAGCUUUGAUGUUGUUGCCAUUGUUGGCAUGCCUGGCCUUGGGAAGACAACACUUGCUCAAUUUGCAAUCAACCACAACAGUGAUGUCAUGAAGGAGUUCGGGCCGAAGGUGUGGGUGUCUGUGUCCGAUGACUUCGACGUUGUAAGAGUGACGAAGGCAAUUCUUGAAUCAGUCACAUCUCAACCCGUUAAAGUAGAGGAGUUCAGUAAAAUGCAGCAUGAUUUGAAUGAGCAGUUAAGAGGUAAAAAGUUUUUAAUUGUUUUAGAUGAUAUUUGGGACAAAAGUGACCGUGAUUUAUAUGAUCUGUGGACAAGACUUCAAUCCCCUUUCAGUGUUGGAGCACAAGGAAGUAAGAUAAUUGUGACGACACGUGACCUAAAUGUUGCAAAGAUUAUGGGAGCCACUGAAGUUCAUAACUUGGAGUAUAUGUCAGAUGAUAAUUGUUUGGAAAUAUUUGAGCAGCAUGCAUUUGUGAACAUUAACAAUGAUAGACCACCAAAUUUUGAGUUGCUUCAGAAAAAAAUUGCUGAAAAAUGCAGUGGAUUGCCCUUAGCUGCAAGAACUCUUGGUGGGCUUUUACGUCAGAAAGAAAUGAACGAAUGGGAAGAAAUAUUGAACAACAAAUUGUGGAAUUUAUCAGGUAAGAGUGACAUUCUUCCGGUAUUAAAGUUGAGCUAUCACUAUCUUCCUUCCAACUUGAAGAGGUGUUUUGCCUAUUGCUCAAUAUUUCCAAAUGACUAUGAAUUUGGGGAGAAGCAAUUGAUCCUUUUAUGGAUGGCAGAGGGUUUGAUUCAACAACCACCAGAAGCCAAUAGACAAGUGGAGGAUUUAGGCCACGACUAUUUUCAAGAGCUAUUAUGUAGGUCAUUAUUUCAAAAGGCAAGUGAAAACAAUUCACGAUAUGUAAUGCAUGACCUUGUUACUGAUUUGGCACAAUGGGCAGCAGGAAAUACUUGUUUUAGAUUGGAGGACAAGAAAGGUGAUAACUUGCAGUCUGUAUGCUUUCGUCAUUCGUCUUUCAUAAUUGGUGAGUUUGAUGGAGUUCAAAAGUUUGAGGCCUAUCGGGAAGUUAAACGUUUGCGAACAUUCCUGCCACUUUCAAAUACUUACGGGUAUCUGGCUCGUAAGGUAAUUUUUGAUUUAUUGCCUCAGAUGCAAUACUUACGGGUGCUUUCUUUGAAGGGCUAUCAAAUAACUGAGCUGCCAGAUUCAAUUGGUAAUUUGAAGUAUCUGCGGUAUCUUGAUCUUUCUCACACAUGGAUAAAAAGUUUGCCUGAAUCAACAACCACUCUUUUCAACUUACAGACACUGAUAUUGGAAGGUUGUCAUUAUUUGGGGGCACUACCCAUCAACCUGAGGAAUCUAGUGAAUCUGCGUCAUCUCAACAAUUCAGAUGUAGGUUUAUGUGUAGGUUUAAAAGCAAUGCCUCCGCAACUAGGUCGGUUGACGAAUCUACAAUCUUUGCCUAACUUUGUGGUGGGUAAAGGUAGUGAUGAAUCAGGGAUAAGAGAGAUAGGAUCCCUAUCCCAUCUCCGAGGGACAUUAUCGCUCUCAAGGUUGGAGAAUGUGGUCGACGCUGAGGACGCACGGAAGGCCGACUUAAAAUCCAAGGAGAGAGUAGAUGAAUUGGUGCUAGAAUGGUCGGAUGACACACAAGAAACGCAAUUAGGCGUGCUUGACAGAUUAGAACCUCAUAGAAUGCUUGAAAAACUCAUCAUCAGGGGUUAUGCUGGAUUAGAAUUUUCAACAUGGAUUGGAGAUCGUUUAUUCUCCACUAUGGUGCAUGUACGCUUAGACAAAUGUAAAAAUUGUCAAAUCUUGCCACCACUUGGGCAACUGCCUUUGCUCAAAGAACUUUAUAUUACAGGAAUGGCUGCAGUGAAAAGUGUUGGUCCUGAGUUUUAUGGGGAGGGUAGCUUGCCUUUUCCAGUACUAGAGACUCUUACGUUUUCAGAUAUGCAACACUGGAAGAAAUGGGUUCCUUUCGUACAAGAUCAGGUUUUCCCUUGCUUGAAAUUGCUUUCAAUCAUAAAUUGUCCUCAAUUGGAGGGUAAGGUGCCAGAGAACCUUGAUUCAUUAGCAACACUUGAAAUUUUUAAAUGCGAGGAAUUGGUGAUUUCAAUUUCCAACUAUAAACAAAUUGGUGCAUUAAACAUCAACGGUUGCAAAGCGGUGGUGAAGACAAGUGGCGUUGAGUUUGAGUUAUUAGAGUCCUUGAAACUUUCAAAUAUUUCAGAGGUGAGGUUCCAAACAGGGGAGUUCUCCAAAGGAUUAAGGAAGGUUGCAAAUUUGACGAUUGGCGGAUGUGAGUUGCUGACAUCUUCACUGAAGAAUGAGGAUAGAGUAUUGCAACACUUGAUUUCUCUUGUUCGUUUGGUUAUUCAAGGCAACUCUUCCCUCCUUGAAAAGCUGGGAAAAGAAGCAGAGGAGUUGCUGCAAUUGCAAAUAUUGACUUGCAAGCUUAAAUAUCUAAGAUUAUACACGUGUGCAAGUCUUUCGAAGGUACCAGAAGGGUUGCAUCACCUAACGGCUCUUCAAGGCCUUAAAAUAGUUGGAUGCUCAAGUCUGGUUUCUUUUCCAGAUGUUGGUCUGCCUCCUUCCCUUGAAGUCAUAAGCAUUGAGGAGUGCGAUUCGUUGCUGUAUUUUGCAAAAUACCAGAUUCCCCCAAAUCUAAGAAGAAUAAAGAUACGGCAGUGUAAAACUUUGAAAUCAUUAGUAGAGAAAGAGGAGGAUAGUUCUUCGUCUUCCUCUUCUUCUCAUAUUUCUCUUGAGCACUUGGAAAUAUGGGGAUGUGAAUCUCUAACGUCGGUAUCAUUGAGAGCCCAGUUGUUUCCCAAGGCGCUUAAACGCCUACACAUAUCCGGUUGUAAAGAGCUGCAGUUACUAACGUCCGAUGGGUUACCCCACUACAACACUAAUUAUUGUCUUGAAUAUAUUCACAUCCGGUCUUGCUCAAAUCUUAACUCGUUAACGGAGGGCCUAUGCCACCUCACCAAUCUUCAAACUUUAGAUAUUUCUGAUUGUGGGAGUCUCGUUUCCAUCCCGAGCCUGAGUGGUGAGGGUUUGUCUUCGCCAACAACAACAGCCGCCUCCAGCCUGAGACAAAUCUGCAUCAGAAAUUGCAACAAAUUGGAGAUGUUACCGGACAUGCGCAAUCUCAACUGUCUUCAGGAAUUGAAUAUUGAUUACGGUGAAGGUUUAAAUUUCACUUCCUUUCCCCCCAACCUAACAUCACUUACAAUCUGCGGAAUCAAGAAUUGUAAGCCGAUGUGGGAGUUGUCGCACAGGCUCGCCUCUCUUACAAGCUUGUCCAUCAGUGGUGAAGACCCAAGUGUGGUGUCAUUUCCACCCGACAGUUACAGGGAGAUGGAGAUGGAAAUGCUGCUCCCCAAAUCUCUCACUGAUCUCUCAAUUUGGGGCUUCCCAAAUCUGAAGAAACUGAGCAGCAAGGGCUUUCAAUCCCUCACCUCUCUUCAAUCCCUUGAACUCUGCAAUUGUCCAAAGCUGGCAUAUAUUCCAGAGAAGGGGUUGCCUAUUUCUCUGAGGGAACUUCGUAUCAUUCAGUGUCCUCUGCUAAAAGAUAAAUGCCAGCCUGGUAGUAAAGGACGAUACCUGCCCAAAAUAUCCCACAUCCCUUGCAUAGAUAUAGAGGAUUAG